UUUAACACCAUGCUGAACCUACACUGUGCAACGCCUCUAGAAAACCACAAUUACCAGACUCAGAAUCCGCUGUGCUUUUCAUUUGUGGCGUCGUGCAACAUGGCGGCUUGGUAAAACGAAGAUAGUUCGUAAGCAUCUUGUUUUUAAGAGACCAUGAUGGCUGGUGAUCCAACCGACAAAAACAAUGCAGCAGAGACCUCAGGAGUCAAGGAUAAGGAUCGGGAGCGGAAACGCAGUCGCUCACGAGAGCGUGAACGCAAAGGCUCCCCGUCCAAGGACCGGAAACCUCGCCAACGCUCUCGUGAACGCAACCGAUCCAAAUCCGCAGAAAGAGAUCGCCGUCUGAAGGACAAGGAGAGAGAAAAGGAGCACGACCGGGACAAGAACAGAGAGAGGGGUCGCAAGGACCGCGAUAAGGACGGUCACCGCAGAGACAAAGACUGCAACAAGAAAUCCAGAAGCGUCUCCCCCAAGUCCAAGGACAGGAUAAAGAGGGAGAAGGAUUUGAAGAAAGAGGAGGAUGAGGAAGAUGAGAAAAAGAAGAAAAGCAAGGUCCAGCCACUGUCUCUAGAGGAACUUCUAGCCAAGAAGAAGGCAGAGGAGGAGGCGGAGGCAAAGCCCAAGUUCCUGUCCAAGGCGGAGCGCGAGGCGGAGGCUCUGAAAAGGAGGCAGCAGCAGACUGAGGAGAGGAAGAAGACUAUCGAUGAGGACAGGAAGAAGAGGAGGAUGUUCCAGGACAUCGGGAGGAAGAUGAUGGAGGACCCCCAGGAGAGGGACAGACGAGAACGGAGAGAGCGGAUGGAGCGGGAGAACAACGGGGACCAAGCGGACGACGGAAGACAGAAGAUCAGAGAGGAGAAGGAUAAGGGCAAGGAGCUCCAGGCCAUCAAGGAGCGUUACCUGGGCGGGACUAAGAAGCGCCGGCGGACACGUCACCUGAACGACAGGAAGUUUGUCUUUGAGUGGGAUGCCUCUGAAGACACGUCUACCGACUACAACCCCAUUUAUAAGGAGAAGCACCAGGUCCAGCUGUAUGGCCGGGGCUUCAUCGCUGGGAUCGACCUCAAGCAACAGAAGAAAGACCAGUCCCAUUUCUACGUGGACAUGAUGGAGACGAGACGCACACUGGAGGAGAAGGAGCAGGAGGAGGUGCGACUGAAGAAGGUUCAUAAGAAGGAGGCCAAGCAGCGUUGGGAUGACAGGCACUGGUCGCAGAAGAAGCUGGAGGAGAUGGCGGACAGGGACUGGCGUAUCUUCAGGGAGGAUUACAGUAUCACCACCAAGGGUGGCAAGAUCCCCCACCCCAUCAGGAACUGGAAGGAGUACAACCUGCCCCCACACAUCGUGGAGGUCAUUGACAACUGUGGCUACAAGGAUCCAACGCCUAUCCAGAGACAAGCCAUCCCCAUUGGCUUACAGAACCGCGACAUCAUCGGCGUGGCUGAGACGGGUAGCGGUAAAACGGCUGCCUUCCUCAUCCCCCUAUUGGUCUGGAUCACGACCCUGCCUAAGGAUGAAAGGAUUGAGGACUCGGACCAGGGUCCGUAUGCAGUGAUUCUGGCCCCCACCCGUGAGCUGGCGCAGCAGAUCGAGGAGGAGACCCUUAAGUUUGGGAAACCUCUGGGCAUCCGCACCGUGGCUGUCAUUGGAGGUAUCUCCAGGGAGGACCAGGGAUUCCGCCUCCGGAUGGGCUGCGAGAUAGUGAUAGCCACCCCAGGUCGUCUGAUAGACGUGUUGGAGAACAGAUACCUGGUCCUGGGCCGCUGUACCUACGUGGUACUGGACGAGGCUGACCGCAUGAUAGACAUGGGCUUCGAGCCUGACGUCCAGAAGAUCCUGGAGUACAUCCCUGUGACCAAUCAGAAACCAGACACGGACGAAGCAGAGGACCCCGAGAAAAUGAAGAUGAACUUCGAGAUGGGAAAACACAAGUACAGACAGACGGUCAUGUUCACAGCUACCAUGCCCGCGGCGGUAGAGCGGUUGGCCCGUAACUACCUGCGUCGCCCGGCCGUGGUGUACAUCGGUUCAGCUGGUAAACCCCACGAGAGAGUGGAACAGAAGGUCCUGCUCAUGGGAGAGGGAGAGAAGAGGAAGAGGCUGCUGGAUGUUUUGGCACGCGGGUUCGAGCCGCCCAUCAUCAUCUUCGUCAACCAGAAGAAGGGUGUCGACGUGCUGGCCAAGUCUCUGGAGAAGAUGGGGUACAAUGCUUGCACGUUGCACGGUGGCAAGGGCCAGGAGCAGAGAGAGUUUGCUCUGUCCAACCUGAAGGCUGGAGCCAAGGACAUCCUGGUGGCCACCGACGUGGCUGGGAGAGGUAUCGACAUCCACGACGUCUCCAUGGUGCUCAACUACGACAUGGCCAAGAACAUCGAGGACUACAUCCAUCGUAUCGGUCGUACGGGUCGCGCUGGGAAGAGCGGCGUGGCGCUGACCUUCCUCACCAAGGAGGACUCGUCAGUGUUCUACGACCUGAAGCAGGCCUUCCUGGAGAGCCCCGUGUCCACCUGCCCCCCCGAGCUGUCCAACCACCCCGACGCCCAGCACAAGCCUGGUACCAUCCUCACCAAGAAGAGACGCGAGGAGACCAUCUUCGCCUGACGUGCCAGAUCACGUUAAAGGGUUACGCCACCCUAGGACCUGCCACCACACACACUGGGUUUUCACUCGUUUUAAUCAUCUGUUUUUGCAGUCUCUCAACACCUACGGUAUCCCCCCUCCUUCCUUCUGGUGUCUUCUGUUCUUUUCUCAUUUUCUUUCUCAGUCUUGCCACUCUCUUCAGUCCUCCUUUCUCAUUCCUCCAUUGUUAGGCUUCCCCUUCUGUGGCCCGGCUACUGUACGAAAUGUUAGCCUGAUGGAAGGGCCUGGGGGUUCAUAUUCUGGUUUUGGAAAAGGUUUUGGUUUUUGCUACAGGAGAAUACAGGGCCUCUGGUCUGUGUGGGGAAGGGACGUUAAUGGAAGGUCAUGUGAGCGCCAAACCUACACUUAUUUCAAAGAGCCCCUGUAACAACACACAAGCGGUCCCAAAAGGCCAAGACAGAAAUGUUGUAGUGUGAUUGUGUAUUAUUAUUUUUUAAAUUGGAGUUAGCCCUGUUGUGACAAGUUUUAAAAUUGUGUAAAAAGACCAAUACAUUGAAUACCUUUUGUCUCCCAGAGAAACGUGGUCGAUGUGGUGUUUUUUCUUUCAUCAGUCAGCUGGUUAUGAUGAGUAUUUUGGAAUGUGAUGUUUGCUACGUUGAAUUCUAUGAAGUGAAUAAAACCCAACUUUUGACUGA